CAGAUCCAAGAAGCCAAAAUCCCAAGAGAAUUCUAAGCACUUAUUCAGGAUUUGAACAAACCUCUCACCAAAUCAUCAAAUUCCUUCCAAUAUGUAUUUAACUUCUUAAAAGUAAUAUUCCACAAUAAUUAUUUUUAGUAACUUCACAGAUCAACCUUUGAUUGAUUUUCCAUCUGUGUCUUUCUGCAAGAAAUUCAUCUUCGAAAGUCAUCACACAGAAUUUCUGACUGAGGUAGAAGAUGGAUCAAGUAAUCUUGCCAAGGACUUCACAAUUAAAAACACAAAGGAUAGAGAUGAGCUUUUUCAUUUUGUCAAUCAUGAAGGUAAUGGAACAAGUUUUGAAUGCAAUACUAUAGAUGGAAAGUUGAAAGGACUUCCUUGUGUUUUUCCUGCUAUACGACGUGAUUGUGCCGUAAGUGAUUCGGAGAAUCCAGAAUCAAGCUUUUACUGUGAAUCAUUCAAUCAGACAGUACCUCUUCAGUUUUUCCCAAAAUGCAUUAGUCUACACCAAUCUGAUAAAUUAUGGUGCGCUACAAGAGUAUUCAAAAACAACUCACUCGUUCCUGAUUACUAUGGCCAUUGUAGCCCAGAGUGUGAUGGGUCCGUUCCUCACCCGACAGCCUCAAAAAAUAUGGCUGGACCAUUAUUUGAAAAACUAUGGCACAGAAGAUUGUUUGAUUUAGAUGUAUGGGGGUCAGGCCAUUGUUUAACAUACACUCCUCACCAAAAAUACCCCUCUGGUAGACAAGGACAAUUGUAUGCUUACAUGGGCAAUGGAGAGAAAACCCACUAUUUAUCUUUAAAAGGCUAUGACAUCUAUCUCCAUUCUAAGAAGCAUUUUUGGCCAGCUGAUAGUUUGACUACAAAUGGACAAACUGAGCAUAUAGAAUUGGGACAGCAUAAGAGUUUUACAGUCACUUUUGAGAAAAUUGUAGAAACUAGAUUUCCAGGAUCCCUGCAAUGUAAUGAGGAUGUUGAGUAUUCUAUGACAGCUUGUUUAACCAAUUACAUCUAUGAACAAGCUGGUUGUGCCCUGGAUUGGUUUACCAACCAGACUAAUGGAUUUCCAGCAUGCACAAAUAUUUCCCAAGUCAAAAAUAUCGCAAAAACAAUGUUUCUACUUAAAUCUGUAUCUUAUCCUGAAAUCAAAGAUACAACAGGUUGUGUUGUUCCAUGUACCAGGGAAGUUUGGAAGUACACACUGGAACAGGAAAGGAUUUAUUGGAAAACAAAUUGGACAUCUGAGUUUAUACUUAAAGCCAAGUCAGGCCGUAUCGAGGUGUAAUCUUUCACUUCAUUAACUUGUUUAUUUUUAACAUUUGUCUCACAAAAAUUUGCUCUAUGGCAAUUUCUUCUGAAACAGGAGGGCUUAAAUAAUUUUUGUAGGACAAAUUCUUUUAUGUUCUAACAUAAUAUUUAUUCUUAGUACAUCUCAGAAGCUCUAGUUUACGACCUCUCUGAGUUGUUGAAUGGUAUUGGUGGUCUGCUUGGAAUGAUGCUUGGGAUUUCAGCUGUAUCAAUAUCUCAAAUGUUCCUAGAAUUCAUAGAAAACAAAUUCUAUUCUGAUUAGGGGAGGUCUUAACUGCCUCAGUAACAUCUUCUCUUAAUGUCUAUACAUGCAUUUUGACCUUGAUAUUAAACUUUUCAAUAGCAUUCUGUUCUUGUUAAUCAUAUUUUUUCUUAAAUCUUAAAGCCUUA